GCCGGGUGGUGGUGGUGGUGGGUGGCCAGCCCGCUGCGGAUCCGGGCUGGGAUCUCUCGAUCCCUGGCCGGAGGGGGUGGCGAGUGUCUGCCUCGAUUUACCCCCUGGGUAUUCCGGGUAUUCCACACCGCCGGGUGGGUCCAGGUGAAGUGCACGCAGAACCCCAGAAAGGCCGUUCUGCCCCGCGAGGGAAACCUUAGCCGUUGACCAUGGUUGCAACUGGCAGUUUGAGCAGUAAGAACCCCGCCAGCAUUUCAGAGCUGCUGGACCGUAGCUGUCACUCGGGCAGCCUGCUAAGUGACUUUGAUUACUGGGAUUAUGUUGUUCCUGAACCCAACCUCAAUGAGGUUAUAUUUGAGGAGACAACCUGCCAGAAUUUAGUGAAAAUGCUGGAGAACUGUCUAUCCAAAUCCAAGCAAACCAAACUGGGUUGCUCCAAGGUCCUUGUUCCUGAGAAACUGACCCAGAGAAUUGCUCAAGAUGUCCUUCGGCUUUCUUCCACAGAGCCCUGUGGCCUUCGAGGCUGUGUCUUGCACGUGAACUUGGAAAUCGAAAAUGUAUGUAAAAAGCUGGAUAGGAUUGUGUGUGAUGCUAGCGUGGUGCCUACCUUUGAGCUGACGCUUGUGUUUAAGCAGGAGACCUGCUCCUGGGCUAGCUUUAGGGACUUCUUUAGUAGAGGUCGCUUCUCUGCUGGCCUUAGGCGAACUCUGAUCCUCAGCUCCGGAUUUCGACUUGUUAAGAAAAAACUUUAUUCUCUGAUUGGAACCACAGUCAUUGAAGAGUGCUAAGAAGGUUGCAGGGGAGGGGGGGAGGGAGUAUUCAGAGCUCUUUUAUGAUUGGGUAAUAAAAGGAUGCAGCUAUUCACUUAAAACCAUUUGUAGCUUUGCCCCUGCCUAACUUCAACAAGAACUCCCAAAUUUCUUUCAGCGUUUCUCAUAACAACCCCAUCCAAGGGGAUGUGACUUGUACAACAUAACCCAGGAAGGUGUAUUUGUUGUACGUGCAUCAUAUUUCUUACGGGAUGGAAAGGAAUAAGGAAGGAAGGAUAAUGGACCCUACUUCAGUUUUGCAUUUUAUUCUAUCCUUUUUUUUUCAGUCUUGGUCCUACAAUAUGGAAAAGUGAUUUUGCAUAGUUUGCUUUUCAUGUCUUUUUUUUUCUCCUAAGUUUCCAAAAUAAUCUUUUCAAAUAUAGAAUCUUAUUAAAUUGAUGUCUAGCCCAUCAGAAUUUCCAAAAGCUCACAAUUACCUGACAGUUUUCUACUCAAAUUUGAAAAGUUUGGCUUAUGCCUAUAAUCUUAGCUACUUAAAAGACUGAGAUCUGAAGCUCACAGUUCCAAAGUC